AUGGGGUGCACGGUAUCGAAGCUAGGCAACGAGGACACCGUGCGGCGGUGCAAGGAGCGGCGCCGCCUGAUGAAGGAAGCAGUGCACGCCCGGCACCACCUAGCCUCUGCCCACUCCGAUUACUGUCGCUCCCUCCGCAUCACAGGCUCCGCCCUCGUUACGUUUGCUUCCGGUGAACCUAUCUCCGUCUCUGUCCACACUCCGGCGGUCCUCCUCCGCAGUCCAUCCUCCGUCUCGAACGCCGCCGCCGCCAACACUUCCAAACCCACUUUCAUCCCUCCUCCUCGUCACAUCCCCUCCCCUUCCCCAUCUUUCCAUCCCCCUCCACCGCCGCCACCCUUGUCUACCACCUCCACCAACCGCUCGCACCAGCAGCAGCCACCGCGCAGCAAAAAAUCAAUGAAACUCCCUCAUAUUCUGUCAGACUCCAGCUUCUCAUCGUCCCCACCACCGCCGCCGCAUAAUGUCGAUGGAAAUUUUACCUACGACGCCAGAGCGAAUUCGACUUACACCAGCACCCCCUCCCAGGCCUCCUCCGUAUGGAAUUGGGAGAACUUCUACCCUCCAUCCCCUCCCGAUUCCGAAUACUUCCAGAACCUCCACACCAACAAGAAUACAUCCCGAAUUACUCAAGAAGAAAGCCAUUCUGAUGGUGAUGAUGACGACGAUGAUAAAGAAUCCAGCUUAUCAUCGUUUUCUAAUACUCACGAUCGGAUCAAUAACUAUCAAAAUCCUAUUAGCAGAAGCAACAAGAAGAAGCAAUUCGACGACAAGGCAUCCAAUUAUUCAUCGUAUUCACGGUAUUCAGAUAGUGGGAACAGUUAUGUAAGAAAUCAUCCUAAACAAGGUCCUGUACCAGUUCAAAGGAAAGGUCACCAUCUAAAAAACUCGGAAAGCGAAGAGGAGGAGACCGAGAGAGAAGAAGUCCAGUGCAGUGAAUGGGGGGACCAUGACCGUUAUACCAAUACAUCGAGCUCCUCUGAUGAGGAUGAAGAGGAAGAUCUCAAGUCCAGAUCUGAUUUUGGGUCUCAGUGGAAUUACGGGUCGGUGAAAAACGAGCCUGCUGCGGCUGCUGAUGUGGGGAAUUUGAAUGUGAAUUUGAAUUUCAAGCCCUCUGGUAAAUCCGAGAAGCUUUUCUCGGAUGAUAGCAAGUCAUCGGUUAGUUGGGGAAAUAGGAACGAUGAAGGGAUGAAUUCUGAUAGGAGGAUUGUGGUGAGGCACAAGAAUUUGGUAGAAAUUGUGGCAGCACUCGAGGAGUAUUUUGAUAAGGCUGCUUCUGCCGGUGAGCAGGUGUCUGAGAUGCUGGAAACUGGACGAGCUCAGCUCGAUCGUAGCUUUAAGCAGUUGAAAAAAACACUCUAUCACUCAAGUGGAAUGUUGAGUAACUUGAGCUCUACCUGGACUUCAAAACCUCCUUUGGCUGUUAAGUACCGGCUUGAGCCCAGUUCUCUUGAUCAGCCAGGUGGUCCGAAGAGCCUUUUUUCAACUUUGGAACGGCUUUUGGCGUGGGAAAAGAAACUAUAUGAAGAAGUGAAGGCUAGGGAAGGUGUAAAAAUUGAGCAUGAAAAGAAGUUGGCUACGCUUCAAGGUCAGGAGUACAGGGGAGACGAUGAAGCCAAGUUGGACAAGACAAAAACCUCAAUAAAGAGACUACAAUCCCUAAUCAUCGUCACAUCUCAGGCCGUAUCUACUACCUCCUCUGCUAUUAUUGGUCUAAGAGACUCAGACCUGGUCCCACAGCUUGUGGAACUUUGUCAUGGGUUCAUGUACAAGUGGAGAUCAAUGCAUCAGUUUCAUGAAGUCCAGAAUGACAUCGUGCAGCAAGUGCGAGGCCUUGUUAAUCAAGCAAACAAAGGCGAACCAACAUUUGAUAUGCACAGGCAGGCAACACGUGAUCUCGAAUCAGCUGUAGCUGCCUGGCAUUCUAGUUUCUGCCACCUGAUAAAAUUCCAACGAGAUUUUGUCCGUUCUCUCCAUGGCUGGUUCAAGCUUACCCUCCUCCCUGUCAGCGGUGAGGCAACUAAUGGCAACAGGGAACUAUCCGAGGUUUUUGCUUUUUGUGAUGAGUGGAAACUUGCACUCGAUCGGAUUCCCGAUACAGUUGCCUCCGAAGCCAUCAAAAGUUUUGUCAAUGUUGUUCAUUCAAUAUAUUUGAAACAAACGGAGGAGCUCAAGAUGCAGAAACGAACCGAAAUUGUAUCAAAGGAACUUGAGAAAAAAUCUUCCUCUCUCAGGAACAUUGAGAGAAAGUAUUACCAAACGUACUCUAUGGUUGGUAUAGGUCUUCCUGAUACGGGGCAUGAAAAUGGGCAUGCUUUGGAUGCACGAGACCCACUGGCCGAGAAAAAAUCAGAGCUUGCAAUUUGCCAAAGGCGGGUGGAAGAUGAGAUGCUGAAACACGCCAAGGCAGUCGAGGUGACCCGAGCAAUGACACUAAACAACUUACAAACAGGCUUGCCUGGUGUUUUCCAAGCCAUGACCAGUUUUUCUGCUUUGAUCACAGAAGCACUGGAGGCAGUUUGCACCAGCUCCUACGCCAUCAAGUAG